GGACGAGCUGUGGUUCAUCGAGUUCGGGCGUGGGGCAGCUCUGCCUUUGACACCCGAGGAGGCGCCAACCGAUGGCGAGCCUAUUGUACCGUGCGCCCAGGGACGCAUUAUCAUUGAAACGACCCAUUCGGCGCCACCCCAUUUUGCCCAGUGUUCAACUUAUCGACAUGCAAUUAUUGCUGAUGAAGAAUCACCACGUGUCUCGGCAUCAUCGCCAGGAUCUUAUUCAACGGAUGUGGGUCGUGGCGCUGUUUCUAAGAAUUUACUUCAUCGUCAACACUCGAUUAUGCCUCAGAGUCCAGCAACGAGACCCGAGGACCUGCGAGUAACGCCUUUGUAUGGCGAUGAGUCUGCUAUAGAUUGUGCCACACCGGGGCCAAGCGACCAGAGCUCGUAUCCCUCCUCAUCCUUCAUGCGUAAUGGUAGGCAAAUGAUGGAAGCUAGAAUUGAUUUGAAUUCAACAAGAGGCAGUAGUGCAGAGAGUGAGACAUCUGCAGCUAAAGCAUCUGUACCUAGAAAAGCAUAUAUGGAUUUGAGUGAUGCUAUGGCUCUGCUUGAUGAGACAUGUCCCAAUCCCGAUGCCAGUCCCUCACUCACACCUAGAACACCCAGAACUCCCCUCACACCGCAUCCCAGAAACAAACGCGCUCGAUCAAAGAGCAGUGACAAUUCAUCCAAUUACAGUAGUGAUAGAUUGAGUGAGAAAACCACGGAUUCGGGUAAAGAGAGGGAGAGACGACGGCCGUUUUUGAAGAAAAUUGGAAUAUCAAAGACUGAGGAUCGGCCGUUUCUCGCGAAAAUAGCACCGAGAAUUGUCGGUAAGCCUUAUCUUGAGAAAAUUGGUCCCAGUAAAGCAGUUGAGAAGCCAUUCUUGGAUAAAAUUGGCUCCUCAAAAACUCUCGAUAAAUUUUCAUUUGAUGCAAUCAGAGAUUUGCCAAGAGCUAUGAUGAAAAGAACUCAUACAACAACUAUUGAACCAGCACCGAUUCGAAGAACUCGGGUAGAGGAGUCAAAGGAUUCGGUACUGGUUGUUGAAGAGGAAACAGAGCAGCCUGAAGUCAAUCACAUUGGGGUGGAGAGAAAGCGUAGUGGGAAGGGUUUUUUGUUGAAAAUGUAUUCUUUUGAAACCGAGGAUUUGGACGAGGAUGCAUUGAAUCCUGUGAAGGAACGGAGAGAUGAGCUACGGGGAGUAUCACUGGAUGAUGUAUUGGAUUCUGGGCCAAGCUCGUUGCCACCACUAGAGGACGUUGAGGAGCUCUCAAGUCCCCAAUUGGAGACCACUUUUGCUGGUACCGCUGAGCUCGUUAAAUGUCGAGUGACCACAAGCGAAGAAAUUGUUUCUUCGAGUACUGGACACCUUAAUUCACCGGCCAGGGGAGCGGUGAGUUGGAGUAAUUCCCCCAGAUGGCCGAUCAAGCAGCAAACGACAGACGUUAGAACCUUGGAACGAGAGUUCGGCUCGAGGGCUGUACUUGAGAGUGAUGAAGAGAGUAUUCCGAAUUCUCCGGCUAGGUGGAGAGCCUUCAAAGUAUCACCGGAGUCACAAAUGACCGCUCGGGGAAUGUCAAGGAAAACUAAGAACUCUUCUUUACGUAGGGAUCUCGACGCUUCGCCCACGAAAACGAGGAGACAAACGCUGGAGGAACCCCUAGAGUCAGAAAAGAGCCCUGAGUUUGAUCUCGAAGGGAUAAAUAAAUCAACAGAUGAGGUGAAUAGAGCAGGGAGUGAGGAGUUGUUGACAUCGACCAAUAGGAGACAGAUUUUUGAAGAGGCUAUUGAGAAGUUUGGCGGCUCCGAUUACAUGACAGCGAGAACAAGACGACAAGUGUCUGAAGACAUUCUAGAUAAAUCCGACGAUCAGAAGAACGGAGACUUUGAGAGAUACAAUGACCACAGACGAGGUAUUUCCAGUGAUAAUCUUCGCUAUUCACGAGAGACUAUCGUGGGUUCAGCACCAUCGGCAUCCUCCCUCGGAUAUCAGAGUGGUGACUCCUCAUUCAUUAGCCAAAGAUCUUCAAACAAUAGUCAGGACAUGCUUCGAGGGGCAUUCAAGCAUCUGCACGAGAAAUUCGAACUUCAGGACGUGCCUCCGGAGAGCUAUGCUGCUUUUAAAAUCAGAUCACGCGCUAAUUAUGAGAGGCAAAAGUUUAUAGCGAAAGAAACUACCAUUGGACCGACGAUACAAGUUGGAAAAGUUUAUGAUAUUAAUUAUAAAGACUCUGGUAGUCAAGAAAUUGUAGGAAAUUCAACGUCUGAAAAGGAUACUGAAGAGAAGGAAAAUAAGAAAGAAAAUGUAUCGCGAAGUGGAACUGUCAAGUCAGUCCUUCGUAAGCAGGAGAGAGUGGAUCACGGUAACGAUCAAGAAGUGGAUUUGGCGGGGUCAGUGAGGCGUCCAAUGAGGCGAAUAUUCCACGAACCAUCCCAAGAGACAAUGGACCUACUGACAGAAUUGAAGAAGGUAAAGAGCUUAUUAAGGACCCCCUCUGAGGAGGGAAAAGACUGGGAAUUGGAUUGUCUGAAGCCAGCUCGAAUGCCAAAGAAAAUUUCACUGACUGAUAAAGAAUUUUGUCUGUCGGUGGAGCGUGAAAAUAGCAUACGAAGGCCGUCAGUGUUAAAGGUUCAAGGAGGUAAUGGUAAAGUAGAGAGUCAUGAUCAAAAGGAAGUCUUGAGAAGGGAGGAAAUUGGGCCAGCUCUGUUUGAGAAGAGAUGUAUGUCGCUGGAUUAUGCUGAUGAUGUGAGACCACCGAAGCCAGAGGCACGUGCUAUAUCUCUGGCUUCAGCGAGACGAUUCGGCACAGAGGAGACUCUAGACUCCUCGGAUCCGUGUAACUUGUACGACUCGAAGAGCUGUCUCUCGGACGUCUUCACGACACCAACUGAUGACGGGGAGGACAAAACUGUGGAAAUUAAGCACGUGCCGAAGGCCACCAACAACCACUUCCAGGACGUCGACAUUGCCAUUCCCAUCGAUCAGACAAGCUCCAUCAGUCCGAAGAAGAGGGUCCAGAUUCAAGGGAGAACGAGCGAUCUCUAUGAAAUUAUUUCGCCCAGGUCUACGCCAUUCAGAGUGAAAAAACGACUUGGAAGAAUAUCAGUCGAGGAGACAGUUAAACCUGAGAGUUUUACAUUGGACAAGGUUGAUUGCAGGUCCGUUGCGACCCAGAAAAGGACCAAGUGCUUCCCCUUGUAACCCACGCCGUUGGGCCUGCGAUCGGCGGGGAAACUGCUCUUUCAAGCCACAAACGCGGGCUCCUUGGACCAUUUUUGUAUUUUCCUACGGUAUUAAGGAAACUACGAAGUUUUUUUUUUUGUAUUUUGUUCCAAUAUACAAUAUUUUCGUUUUUCUCCGACCGCUUACUCAAAACUGGUCAUUGUUUUUGGAGAGAAACUUUGUUAGCUUUUGCUUCGCAUGCAGGAGCCACUUUUAAUUGUGAAAAGAACAUUGGAAAAUGGAUAAUUAAAUGUACAUAAGUAUGUUUGUUAGGGUAUUACGUUAUACUGAAAGUACACUUUGUGUUUUAUAUAUUCUAUAUAGCAAUUGAUGUUGCUUGUAUGUUAGAGCGAAAACUUCAUAUUCUAACGAGAGAGAUGAAUAAUUCGGGCUUUUGUUUUAAACUUUUGAAAUUACACGACAAACCCACCAAAUUCUAUUAACUAUACUCUAUUAUACUGAUGUAACAACUAAGACGAGCACUUUUUUAUAGAGAAACAAUUUAAUAACUGAGAAUAAUGAAUUGAGAAUGAUUUGAGAGAAAUAUUGAGAGGUAAACGGUUUCCACGCGUCAUCAUUCGUUUCACGAGACGUUAAUAAAUCAGUCCAUCUAGAAUUUACACAUUAAGUGUCUCGUUGGAUUCUCAACGUUCGAUCCUCUGUCGAUUUGACAAACUAAAAACGUCAAAAAUUGAAAUUAUCGAAUGUUGUGAAUUCUCUUCUUGCGAGCAGUGCCUUGUUCAUGGAUAUAUUUAUUUAAAAGAAAAAUAAAUUAUAACUAAACACGUUAUUGAAUUCCGGAAGCGGGUCGGAUUUUCCGAAAGGGUCCACAGGGAGUUGUGAUCUCAAUUCAAAUAAAUUUUCUCCCUCUUCUCAAUAGAUAAAAAAAUGAAUAAAAUUCUAGGAUUAUAAACUGCUUCUAGAGAAUUCCCAAAUUCUUACCUUUCGAGGUCUCAACUCCGAUACAGAUGCGUCCGCCUGCCAAGCCUUUUUCCGUUUGGAGGGGCACGUGAUGAUUUAAAAUAUAAUCUAAAACAUAAAUAAAUAAAGAGGAAUAAACAACUAUUGCUGAAGUUAAAUUAAUUAUGUAUUAAAUGAAUCUUAUUGUUGAUAAGUUCCUCUUGUAAUUCGUCUGGGUGUUUAGAUAGGGGAUGAGUACGACAUUGGAAUUAACUAAAUAUACGGAAAGUAAAUGGAAAUGUAGAUAUUAUAAAUAUUAAUAGAUCAAUAUAUGGAGAAAAGUUAUAUGAAACAUUGUUACAGUGAUCGAAAAAUAUUUGUAUGUAACUUUUAAGUACGUAAAUAAGUGAUAUAUGGUAUUUGUUUACGCGAACGUGCCAAUUCGCAAUGACUAUUACUUCGUAAAUAACAAAAGAGUGGUGCGUUCUUGUGAAAAUAAGAACUAAAAUUCUCGCAUUGACGAUACAUUGUGCCAAACGAAUCACAGAUAUGAUAAUUGUUUCGUUCUGUUCUGUAUGUUAACGUUUGUAUUGACGGAUAUGUGGGAUAUAUCGCAUAAGCAAUCGGGUAAUAAAUAGAACAUUUUCAAUCGAAUAAAAAUAAUUUUUCUCACCGGUGAAAAAAAUUAAUAGAAAAGUCAGCGCUUUCUUCAAAAAAUUCUAUUGAGUAAUUCUACCUUUUUGCGUUAAUUUUGGGGAAAUUUAUGCUUUACCAUGUAUUUUUUAAAGAGAAUAUGUCAUAGAAAUAACUCAAUGGAUUUAGAUUUUUUCCAAAUUUUUCCCCUUUUUCAACAAAUAGAAUUUUUCCAAUAGAAAUAGAAUAGAAUUUCUUAGAGGGAGCAAUCGGUUAUUCUGUUAAAUUUUUUCAUACGCGUCGUUUCAUUUGGGCAUAUUUGGAGGUGGCUUUAGGCAUAAAGAUGAAACAGGGUUCAAUGCGAUAUUUUAGCCGACUGUCCAAAUUCUAACAUCUACACAUAGCUUUUCACAUAUUUUUCUUUCACUGUCGGUGGACUCUAGAUGACAGCCAUCCGUCCAUCAUUUAGGCUGUUCGUGUUCACUUGUACACGCUGACAGAAUAAAUUGACCUACACUUUAUCCAUCGGUCACAAGUCAGAAUUGUUAACACACAUUGUAGCUAUUUAAUUUUCUCGCUGGCGAGAUUCUGAGAAAUUUUCUACCACAUUCGCAGACGACAGUUUUGGUACCUCCUGCCUGGAUGAGAAUAUAACAAUUGAUGCAUACGCUUAACGAAAUAUAAAUUAUUAUCUCAGUUAAAAUGUAAGAGUUCGGGGGAGUAAAUUUUCUAUCGUCCAAGUGGUGUGUUGAGCGCACUACUGUGCGAAUUAGAUUAAUCAUAAAUUGAUUAUUCGAUAAAUAAUAUGUAUUAAGUAAUUCACAAUUUUGGAACACAUGCGGGUGUGUGAUUAAAUGCGAAUAGAGUAUGUACAUGUUUUUAUGUAAGACCAAAAUUUAACGAAGGUGGCGGUAACAGGCGUUGAUCAUAUGUCGCGUAAAAAUUCAUAAAAUAAACGUUCAAAUAUGUGGGGUGAUAACAACUUUUUACACCCGGUGUGACUGAACUACGUUUUAUAAAUUGUGUGAUUAAUGAUUAUAAAUACUGAUGAAUAAACAAAUGUUGGUAUACACUGUUGUAAAUAAUAAAUAGAUUGUACGUUGUA